AUGACUGCCCAAAUCCUAUCCAUGCAUGCAGGGCACGCGUCCGACUUGGCCAAGAUUCAGUCGCAGUUUGGAGACAAGAUGGAUACCACAGUAGGCGCCCGUGAGCCCUCGACCCCCGCUUCACCCGAUAGUGGUGAGGCCCGAGGGCGGCGGCGCGACAGGAGUGACGAAGGAGAUACGGGAGAUGGUGCGGACGGGGACGCAAACGGCUCCUCGAGGAAGAGAAGGAGGAGCAGGAAGGGACUCGACAAGAAGUUUGAGUGUCCACACGAGGGCUGCGGGAAGAGCUACUCGAGGGCCGAGCACUUGUACCGACACCAAUUGAAUCACAACCCAAAGCAAAUCUACCACUGCGACUUUCCCGACUGCUACCGUUCCUUUGUCCGACAAGACCUAUGCGCGCGACACAAGGAAAGACACACAGCGAGAGGCUCGCAGCUGCUGCGCAAGGACACUUUCAACCUGCACAAUCUAAACCCUAUAGUGACGGCAGCACUGGGUGGGAAGACUGCAGUAGCAACCAAGGUGCCUAGCAUCAAGCAUGAAGCACAACAUGGACUGCAUUCUCCAGCACCUGCAGCCGUCAACAAUGGCCCCCGGGGCCAAAUGUCACCGCCAACCUUUCACUCUCCCGCUUCGACUGCCACCAUCAGCCGGCAAGAUUCAUUGCAGAGAACAGGGAGCGACGAUGCCUAUCGUAGCGGCUCCGAGGUCAAACCUUAUGAUAUGCAGUCCCAGAGUACCGGUAGCUUUGCACCCCCACCACGUCCAGCCCCUUUGAGUAAUUACAGUGGAGGUCGUACAUCUCUCCACAACUCCCCACAUGUGGGCAAUGGGAACUUCACCCGCCCAGAGUUGCGCGCACAAACCUCGAAUCUUUCAUCCUACGGCUCGAGCUCACCCUACAAUUCCGCCAUUACGCCAUCACAUUCAUAUCCUUCCUCCGCCGCGUCAACUGCUUAUCAAAGCUCAGCAAGUGGGUUCCAAUCACAACAAAAAUUUCCCCCUUUCUCGUCCUUACCUCCACCAGAGUACCCUCACCCGCCCGGCACUCCUGUAUCGAGAGAGCAGGAGAGCCAGUUCUACAACAACACCGCUGGUCAGACUCCAAUGAAUGGGGUCGAGUCCACUUCGCAGAUAGAUACCCGGAUGAACGGCGUUUCAGAGGCCAUAAUGGAUCAGACACCAUCCUAUGCCAUCCCAAUGUUUGGCGGCGAAGGAUACAGUCGGUCGCCAUUUGCCAUGGCCGACGACUUCGCUGCUUGGUUGUUCAACGAUAAUCAGUUCGGCCCCGGCGGCGCGUCGCCAAUGGGUUAUCCGGGCGGAGCUAGCUCCGUAGCCGGCGCAUCUUCUCAAAUCGGACUACAAGCGCCUUUCUUCAACUACGACCCAUCGGUUGCAGGAUAUUUGAACAACCCGGCACCACCCUCACACCCCAUGGCUGUCCAUAGCAUCCUAGACACUACUUUACCAGAGUCUGCGCUUUCAGAAGAGAAGCGAAAGGAUCUGCUUGACCUGAUCAUUGGCCGCUUCAACGAGACUGACCAUGCACCGGUUAAGAAGCAAAAGGAGGACUUACUAGAAGGUAACAGGGACGAUGACCACCACGUCUUGAGCCUGCACAUGAUGCAGACGUACAUCAGCUCGUACUGGGUUCACUUCCAUCCGCAGCUUCCGAUCCUACACAAACCGACUUUCAAUGCAAGCACCUGCCCAGAGCUUCUACUACUCUCCAUCAUGUGUCUCGGGGCAUCUUGUUUGGAGAAGAACUACGGGCACGAAACAACACAGGCUUGCUCCGCCUUGUCCAACUUCUUGGCUUGGCACCUGCGAUGGGAUCUAUUCAUGGAUGCCGAUUUCCGCCCACCAGCUAAGCUCUGGAUCUUCCAGGGUCUGCUUCUACUCGAAGUAUUCGAGAAGAUGUACUCGACGCGCCCUUUGCACGAACGGGCACACAUUCACCAUGCCACGACGCUGACCCUUAUGAGGCGCGGAAGCUCGUUGAUCGGAAGAUCCGCGUUGGACUCGCCUCCAAGCGUCAAAGAUGCAAAGAGCAAUUCACUUGGCGGGGCAAAUACGCCUGCUCAGUGGUGGAACCACUGGAUUACGAAUGAAGCCACCCGGCGAGCAGCAUUCGCGGCGUUCCUCAUGGACAGCAUACACGCCACCAUGUUCGGUCACAGUGCGGUCAUGGUUGCUCACGAGAUGCGCCUCCCACUGCCUUGCGACGAAGCUCUCUGGUCCGCCACGAGCAGUUCAGAGGUAGCCCGGGUAGAAGCGAGCCUGCACGCCAAUGGCGUCAAGCAAAUGUCCUUCCUGGACGGUCUCAAAAAGACCUUGAACGCACAGAGUGUGCGAACCAACUCGUUUGGGCGAACUAUUCUCAUGGCAGGUUUGCUAAGCGUAUCGUGGCACAUGAACCAGCGGGAUCUCCAAGUGAGCUCGCUUGGUGUGACGCAAGCACUGGGUGGCCGCGAUAAAUGGCGAGGGUCCUUGACCCGCGCUUUUGAUUUUUGGAAGCAAGACUUUGAUAGCUCGCUCUCCCAACCGAAUGACCUCUCCACGCCAAGCGCAUACUCGUAUUCGAAUGGUAUAGACGACGACAACGUUUUCGAAUCCCGCACGGUCCUUCACCACUUGGCACACAUGGCUAUGCAUGUUGAUAUUGUGGAUUGCCAAAUCUACGCCGGUGCUCCCAGACUGCUCGGCCGAUCUAUAACACCUCAAGAUUACAACGGCGCUCAGCGAAGGAUGAAAGAGAUCUGGGCACCCACUGCUCGUGCCCGGGACGCGACUUUUUACGCCCUACGCUUCCUCUCCAAUGUCAUGGUCGCCGGAGAGCACAGCUUGAACCCUACCAACACCUCACCCAAUGUCGGCCUCUCCUACUCCGCACGCGAUGACUACCUCCUUAACCGCCCGUGGGUGCUGUACUUUGCCACGCUGAUCGUGUGGUCGUACGGCUUCGCACUUGAUGGGCCUGUCAAACAGCCCUACAAACUCACAAACUAUGACGACAAAGUCAAAGAUAUGAAGGGCUACCUUCAAAGAGUCGGUGGCGUAAGGGCGCCUGAUGAUCUAGUCAAGAUUCCAGACCGAAAUGCGUGCCUAGGCCUACUGAUCAUCAUGAGAGACAUGUUCAGGAAGACGAGGUGGGAGCUGCUGCACGAGGCGAGUAAUUUGCUGACGAAGUGUAUUGAGAUGCUCGUCCCUGGUGCAGGUACUAUGUGA